AUGCGAUCACUCGUCUGUGAUCGCAGGAAGCGAGAUUUAAAUAGGUCCGAGGAAUGUGUAGUCGUGUACUUCCUUGAGGCAGAAGUGAGGCAGAGCUCCUUGAGGCGGGGCAGGCUUCCCUCAGGGGCGCGGCUGCUGGUGGCGGUGUCGGGGAACUCGCUCAAGGACGGACAUAAUCGUCUGUUCCGGGCCGCCGAGGGCGCUGGCUUCCUCACACAGAUGGUGGUGGUGAAGGACUCGAGCCUCGAGGUGGCCAGGUUACUGGAAGUCAUCAGCCAACAGCCAUAUAAACCCGAUGAGGUCCUGGUCAUGACCAACAGCGACCAAUACGUUCCAUCGUGCGAGUCUUGGAUACUGGCGUGGCGGGUGAUGGGCGAGGCGCUGCUGCAGGAGGCUGAGGUGGUCAUCUCCUAUCCUCCCAAGCCUCACAACCUCACCCUCCACCUCAAGGACCACCUCAAGGAGGACCUCCUGCGAGUUGACGGUCAGCUUCUCAAGUUUCGGGAGAACAAGGCGGGUCACAAGCCUGAGAACUUGGUGCUCCUGAAGAACCUCCUGCAGGAGCGGCAGGUGCUGAGAGUGCUGGAGGAGCAGCAGCUGAGGAACACUCGUCCGGAUACACACGACUUCAAGGCUUACGCGUUUGCGGGUUUGGUGGGAUCAGUCAGAGACCUGCUUGCUGCCGCCGCUCAGGGCGGCGCUGCUCUCAAGGUGAGGAGUGGGACUACUGCCGGCAGUGGGACUCCUGCCGGCUGUGGGACUCCUGCCGGCUGUGGGACUCCUGACGGGGCCGCCACACAUGCUGUUACUGCUUCUUCAAACUCAUCUGCUGCUCCUACUACCGCUGUUGAGGGUGACAGCGUUGACGUGUCACCGACUGCUGCCGCCACUGCUGGAGUGACUGCUACUGUCACCAUUCCCAUUGCCCCCGGCGCCAUUGCUCCCACAACUACUGCAGGGACAGUUCUUGACACUUCUGCGGCAGCUACUCCUGCUACUGUGGAGGCAGACGAGGGGUCUCUGGCUCACCUGUGGCACCUGCUGGCUCGGGACGUGGCACUGAGGCACUCCUUGGCUGUGGCCCUCGAUCAUAACGCCCUCGUCUUCCAGAGCGCUGCUAACCUCACACCAGAUGCUUUCGGGUACAGGGACGAUGGGACCGUAGGAGGCGGAGGAGGGCCAGGGUCCCGCGUGGCACCUCUGGUGUACGCAGUGCCAGGCCAGGCACCUCUCUUCCUUCACAACAGUGCCUCGAGGGAGGUCGGCCUCAAGCUGCCCUGUCCUCACUGCCCUGAUGAACCCCUCGCUCCUGCCCACUACACGGUUGAGGCGGCCCCGACUGUCAUGAUCUUGGUGGUGGUGGACCGCCCGCUGCCUUUCCUCAAGAUCUUCCUCAGACGUCUCCAGAGGCUGUCCUACCCUAAGCACCAUGUCUUCCUCAGCUUCCUCGUCGCCCGUGGAGCUCAAACACAUCUUGGGAGAUACCAACACUACAGCAGAAGGAACUCCUCCACUAUUGCUGUCCGUUCAAGCCUUUCUAACCCAACCAUUGCCUCCUGCAGGAGGGUGGCGAGGAAGGAGGCCCCAGACUACCUCUUCCUGCUGGAGGCCGGCGCCCACCCUACCCACCCUGAGCUGCUCCAGCUCCUCAUAGCUAAAAGAAGAAGAGUGGUGGGUCCCCUGCUGACGACUGAGGAGGGCCAGACCCACAACCUGCAGGGCGAGCAGGAGAGGGAAGGCUCGAGGGACACCGUGGAGAAGUUCGUCAGGAGGCAUAGCAGCCAGGACGGGUUGCUGGAUUACCGGGGCCUGCUGCAGGUGGGGCAGGUCGGGUCGGCCGUCCUGCUGGCGAAGGACGUCUACACUUCCCUCAGGCUGGACUUCGCAGCCUACCAGCAGGACGCCGCAGCGCACGUCUUUACCCUGGUGCUGACGCAGGCGCUGACGCAGGGCUACAUCCCCUACGUCAGCAACGAGGCGCCCUACGGCAAGCUCAUGAACUUGGAGGGCUACGAGGGUGACGUAUGGGGGCUGGAGAAGAACGGGGAGGAGUUCUUCGAGGAGUACGUCGACAAGACGCCGUUCUCAGACGUCGACGCCGGCCCCGACCAGUGCCCCCACCUCCACACCACGAGGAUCUUCAACGACGCUUUCGUCCAGGACCUCCUGCAGGAUGUGCACACGAGGCCCUGGAACCCCGCCCCGGAGAAGGAGGGCCUGAGGGUGUUGACUCCUGACGAGGGUCUCAAAGAUGUGAUGAACGUCUUAGUGCAGUCUACCAUCAGGAGUCUCUUUAAUGACCCCAAGUUACAGGUGGCGGAGAGAGGGGGCCGGGUGCUGAUGGUACAGGGACCAGGACGGUACACUCUGGACGGUACGUUGGUGGUACUGGUCGCUCUCAGCCCCAUGCACAAGGCGGAGACCCUGCUGGAGCUGGAGGCGGAGGCCAGCCCGUGCAAGGUACACCUUCAGGUCGGGGAAGCUGCCUACUACGAGAGGCUUCACUACGCCAGCUUCACCCUCACUGGACCAGCCGCUGUCGCUGUCAUGAUGCUCUGACGGGGAGGCGGCGGCCACACCUUGAAAUAAAGGUGUUCCACUAUCAUGCUAGCGAGACGGAACCUUGCAAGGAAGAUGUUUCCAAGAGCGGGAGGCGGACAUCCUCGACGGGCACUGAUCGAGCAGUGAAUACCACACACACACACACGUCAUCUCAGGAUAAUAACGGUCAUCAUCUAUGUUGACCAGA